AUGUUUGCCGCUAUUUCUAAACCAUUAAGAAACAUAGCCAAGAAACAGGUUAGGUUCAACUCGAACAAAGUUACCGGUACUGUUAUCGGUAUCGAUUUGGGUACCACCAACUCGGCCGUUGCCGUGAUGGAAGGUAAGGUUCCUAAGAUUAUUGAGAACGCCGAAGGUUCGAGAACCACACCUUCCAUUGUUGCCUUCACAAAGGAUGGUGAGAGAUUGGUUGGUAUUCCAGCCAAGAGACAGGCUGUUGUCAACCCUGAGAACACCUUGUUUGCCACCAAGAGAUUGAUCGGUAGAAGGUUCGACGAUCCUGAGGUUAAGAGGGACGUGAAGCAGGUCCCUUACAAGAUUGUCAAGCACAGCAACGGUGAUGCUUGGUUGGAGGCAAGAGGAAAACAGUACUCUCCAUCCCAGAUUGGUGGCUUUGUUUUGAACAAAAUGAAGGAGACCGCCGAGGCUUAUUUGGGAAAGCCAGUCAAGAAUGCCGUUGUUACUGUUCCAGCAUACUUCAACGACUCCCAGAGGCAGGCUACUAAAGAUGCCGGUGCUAUUGUGGGACUGUCAGUUGCUAGAGUUGUCAACGAGCCUACUGCAGCAGCUUUGGCUUAUGGUUUAGACAAGGCCGACCAGUCCAAGGUUGUCGCCGUUUUCGACUUGGGUGGUGGUACCUUUGAUAUCUCCAUCUUGGAUAUUGACAACGGUGUCUUCGAGGUCAAAUCUACCAACGGUGACACACACUUGGGUGGAGAGGACUUUGAUAACAGCUUGGUCAACUAUAUUUUGGACAACUUCAAGAAGCAGAGUGGCAUCGAUCUUUCAAAGGACAGAAUGGCCAUUCAGAGAAUCAAGGAGGCUGCAGAGAAAGCUAAGAUUGAGCUUUCCUCCACAGUUACUACAGAGAUCAACUUGCCUUUCAUCACAGCAGAUGCUACUGGUCCAAAGCAUAUCAACUUGAAGUUCACCAGGUCCCAGCUCGAGAAGUUGGUCGAUCCUUUGAUCAAGAGAACCAUCGAGCCUUGCAAGAAGGCUCUGAAGGAUGCUGGCCUUUCAACCUCAGACAUUUCUGAGGUCAUCUUGGUCGGUGGUAUGUCCAGAAUGCCAAAGGUCGUGGAAACCGUCAAGAGUCUCUUCGGUCGUGAUCCUUCCAAGUCCGUCAACCCAGAUGAAGCCGUUGCUAUUGGUGCUGCUAUCCAGGGUGCUGUCUUAUCCGGUGAGGUUAAGGAUGUCUUGUUGUUGGAUGUUACACCAUUAUCUCUCGGUAUCGAGACCUUGGGUGGCGUCUUUACCAGAUUGAUUCCAAGAAACACAACCAUCCCAACAAAGAAGUCUCAAGUCUUCUCCACUGCCGCUGAUGGUCAGACCUCUGUUGAAAUCAGAGUCUUCCAAGGUGAGAGAGAAUUGGUUAGAGACAACAAGUUGAUUGGCAACUUCACCUUGUCCGGUAUUCCACCUGCUCCAAAGGGUGUUCCUCAGAUCGAGGUUACCUUCGAUAUUGAUGCCGAUGGAAUCAUCAACGUUUCUGCUAAGGACAAGGCCUCCGGAAAGGACAAUUCUAUCACUGUCGCUGGCUCUUCUGGCUUGACUGACAGUGAAAUUGAGAAGAUGGUGGACGAUGCCGAGAAGUACAAAGAGGAGGACAAGUCAAGAAAGGAAACUAUCGAGACUGCAAACAAGGCCGACCAGCUCUGUAAUGACACUGAGAAGUCUUUGAAGGAGUUCGGUGACAAGCUUGACAAGGCAGAGGCUGACAAUGUCAGAUCGGCAAUUGCCUCAUUGAGAAGCUUGGUUGUCAAGGUUAACGCUGGCGAAAGCGUUGAUGUUAAGGACAUCAAGACCCAGUUGGACGACUUGCAACAGAAAUCCUUGAAGUUGUUCGAACAGAUGUACAAGAGCCAACAGAACCAGAACAACAACGGUGGUGCUGACAACGGAUCUAAGGGUAAGGACUCAGAGUCUAAAUGA